GUUGAUGUCUGUAGAUUAAUUAUUCUCUUUUAGAAUGACUAACAAUGAAACACCAAUACAAAUGUUUGAGAUACCUAACGAAUGGUCUUAUAGAGGAGAAGGAAACUGUAAUAUAGUAUUAGCUAUACCUAAACAAAAGAAAAUAUUAAGAAUUCGAAAAAUUGAGAAGCCCAAGUCAAUUUUAGGAUGGUUGCUAGUUUUAAUUAAUGACUUUUUGCAUUGGUAUUAUGGAAAGGGGUAUAAGGAUGAAUCUAGAGAUAUCAAUUUUUAUUUAAAUAUACUCAGACCACUUAUUGGAAAUGAAUAUACUUCUGAAGCUAAACAAGUUUUUUUGUCUAGAAAACAUGUACAUAUAUUUAAAGAGGAGCUUACCAAGAUCAGACCUGAAUUUCGUCAGAAUAAAACUUUACAAUAUGGAAGAGCUGCACUUUUUCAUGACUUUGCAUAUCUACCUAGUUUAGAUGAUAACUUACAAUUUUCUCAAAACACUUUUUCAGUAGAAAUCAAACCCAAACAAGGUUGGAGACCUAUGAAAGAACACUUUUUGCCACAAUGCCUUUAUUGUAUGAAUCAGUUUUUAAAGAUACAGAAUAAACAAAUAAAGACACUUACAAAAUAUUGUCCUGAAGAAUUAUUUUCUGGAGAUAGAGAUAGAAUGAAAACAGCUUUAAACAACUUAUUUCAAAUUCCUCAAAACAAUUUUAAGAUAUUUAAAAAUGGGUCAAUAUACUAUGAUGAAAGACAUAAAGACACUACAAUUUUAAAGGAAAUAUUUGAAAGUACUGAUUCCGAUGACACUUUGGCAGAAGAAUUAUCUGAUUUUCUCCAGAGAUGUUUAACUACAAAUUUUAGUAUCUCUUCAACUAAAAAAGAUACAUACUGUGUAAUACAUGAUAAUGCAUCACAUGAUCAAAAAUUACAAGUGGGUUCAGUCCUAGAAAGAAUUUUAUCAGUUCAAAUGUUGGAUACCGAAGGAAGUCAUAGUACUUACAAGAAAUGGUCAAAAAAUGACAUGUGGGAAAAUUGGACUUACGUAGAUAAGAUUUUGGAAAUUGUCAAAAAUAACAAAAAUGGCUGUGUUAAAUGUAGCAUAAUUAAUGCCUCAAAAAGUUAUGAAGACGAGUUAAUGUUUGUUCCUUAUCUAGUAUCAGCCAUUGCUAAGGACUGUUCUCUUAUGAUUACUUUCAGAAGAGUUUUGGAGAUACCAAGCAACUUGCACAACUUAAAAAACCUAUUGAAAACAAAUUAUGGAUACUUUUUAAUAAAUAUUGGAGUUUUUGAUUUAUAUCCCAAACCUCUGUCAACGAUUCUAAAGCAUUACAAAAGAAACAAAGAUAUAAUUAAAGUUUUUAACAAACAAAAGUGAUAUUUAUUAAAGGAAAUGUUUUAAAACUAUACUUAGUAUAUCUAUUGUAAAUUAUACUAUAUGUUUUUAG